CUAUAAACCAACACCAGAGAGACCCAAACCCCCCUCCCUCUCAUCACUCUCAGAUUUUUGGGAGAGAUGAGUGGCCCCCCGCGGUUUGUCCGGUCGCUCAAUGCGAUCGCGCGCGUGCUUCCCGCACUCGCCCCGCUGCUCAUCCGCUUCCAGAAGCGUGUCUACCGUGGCCUCGGCGCGCUCGACCGCUACCGUGCCGAGAUUGUGCAGUUCUACACGCCGACAGGUGGCCGAGCGCCGCAGCUCAUCAUCCCAGCCGACGCCGUCCCACUCCGCCGCGCCCUGCUGACGUACGCGUGCCUGUACCCUGCCGAGGCUCGCGGGGUGCUGCGCGACGCCCGUGUGCUGUGGCGCGACGUCGCCACGCUAUGCUUUCUUGGCCGACUCGAGUCGCCCCUCACACGAGGCGACGCUGCCUACUUUGCGCUGCGAAGCGUUCGCGAUCGUCACACGGGCAGCGGACACGUCCUGUAUGCCAAGAUCGGGCGGCUGCUGGCGGAUCGGCCGCGCGAGCUCUACUUUGACAACGCCGAGCGCGCGCUGCUCCAGGCCCAGACCAAGAUGGCCGUGCGUGCGGCGCUCCAGGCCAUCGGAGUCCAUGGUCCGCCACUCAAGAUGCUCGUGGACGCCUCACAUCGGCUGACGGCAUCGCCCAAGCGAGUGCAAGACCACUUGCUCCAAAUUCGCGGCCCGAACGAUCCGCUCGUGCUGGCGGAUAUCGCCUUGUUGCGUGAUUGGGUCAAAGUGCUGUGCGAUGCGGCAACAGCCAUGCAGACAGAGGGUUUGUGGGCCGAGUAUGUCUCGGCGACCGCACAGCUGCGCGAUUGGUUGUAUGAGCAGCACCCGUCGCACUCUUACCGCGAGUUCCAUCUGGUCUUUGCUCACGUCGAGCUCGCUAUGGUACGGCAUGUACUUGAGCAAUUGAACAAGCCGCGCUUGACACCGGCCAGCGCCUCAAAAACCGCGCGCGACGAUUCGCCUUCACCCAAUUCGAAGCCGUUGAAUUCGUUGAGUUUGCACCAGCGAUGGGAAUUGUUCGAGACUGCCACGGAACACAUCCUCACUCAAGCUUUUCCAGCUGCUGCUUCGAUGAUUGCUCCACGCCUCGAUCGGCCACGUCACUUGCGGCGGUUUGUGUAUGAGAUUGACGAGAUUCCCGCGGACGAGCUUCCCGCUUGGCGCUCUGCCACCAUGCUUGGCCUGAUUUUCACCUGCCCUUACACUGUCUUCCUCGGCAUUCUGGACCUCGGAGAUGUCAGCUUUAGCAUGGUCAAUCCGAGCCUGUCCGUUUCGCAGACUGUCUCGGCUGCCGUUCUCGAAAAGGCGGCUGCCGCUCAAUCCGCCGCUGCCAGCGCAGUCAGCACGGCCAAAAGCUCUGUUGCAGCCAUCAAGCGUACAACCGAGACUGGAGCAGCGUCCGAGCCACUGUCUGAUGCAACCAGCGACUCGACACCUGCCGUUGUAGCGAAUGCUGUCGGUUCGUUGCAAAACAUUAUUUCAAGCAACGAGCAAGCAAGGAAGCUUGCCAGUGGGGUCUUUGACGCCUCCGAACGUGUUUCUGCGACGGCAGCGGAUGCUGCGCGCCAGUUGACGGAAAUUGGUGCCAAAUCUGCCAUGAGCUUGAUCUUUGACAAGAUUAAAACCGGAGCACGCCAUGGGUUGCGCGACUUUUUGUGGGGCUACAAGCAGGGCCUCUACCAAAUCCAGUCCGCGGAUUUGAUGCGCACGCUGCGUGACGGCGCUGGUAAGACGCUUGCGUUUGUCGACAGCGCCAAGACAUACACUGUCGACUUGGCUGAAAGGUAUCAGGUCAAGGCGCGCGCAAUGCAGGCGUUGGACGCUGCUCGGGACCGCGUCGAGAAAUUGACGUCCGAGCCCGACCCGCCACCUCCUCCGCCAACCUUUGACGAGCUGCGAACCAGUGUCUUGAGUGACUUGUCGAUAUUCUACUCGCGCUGGCAAGCGUCGACGGCAGAGCUACGUGCUGCGCGCGUGGAGACGGACGCUGCACCGCGGAAACAACGAUUGCGCGAGCGGAUUGUGCCAACCAACGAGGAAAUUCUCGAAGAUCACAGCAUGCUGGCUUAUCACACUCAGCUCGUGGAAUCUGUGCUUGCCGGGCGCUUCGACCCCGCCGGGACGCUGCUUGACGACGAGCUUUUGGUCCAUUCGCUUUUGGGCAACGUGCGCACGUGCGGAUAUUUGCCUCGGGCCUGUGUUCCCAAAAUAUCCUUGUUGCAGCUGGCGUCUAGCUCGUCUGCCCGGCGACAGGCGCGUGAGACAGCCCAAAGUACCAGUCUUCCCGCGCUCCAGGACGUGCUCGUCAAGGCGGCUCUUGGGCAGGACUAUUUCGACCGCGAGGCUCCGCCAGCCAACGUGUUUGACGACAUUCAGGACAAGCUAUCCGCGAUCGCGUCCACCAGCGUUGACGCGGCUCAGAGAAAGCUGGCCAGCGCCGCACAAACGGCCAAAACGCACACCGAAUCCGCCGCCAAAGCUGCGACCGCAGCUGCAGAGUCCAUGGGAGCCAGUCGAGAGCGGCUGGAAGCGGCUGUUCAAGGAGCGAAAGCGCGUGCAAGCAGCCUGGCGGACGAGCUCAAGUCUGAAGCGACCAAAGAGGUCCACUGACGCUCCACGCCCCUUAAUGAGUUUUCAAUCCUAAUAGUGCAGUAGUAUAAGCUAGCAAUAACAAUCUAUUUAUUCUGAGC